AUGAUGGUCGAGGCUGUUGAGGUGGCUGUGGCCGAUGUUGGAGUGGUGGUUGAGGCAAUUGUUGUGCCUGUGGCAUCAGUGCUGGCAACUGAGCUCGCGAUGGAGGUUGGAUUAGAGGUUGUCGGACCACUUGUGGCAAUUGAUGCUGUCGCGAGAGUAGUGGCGGUGAUAGUUGUACCUGUUGCAUCAGUGCUCGCAACAGUACCAGCAAUGGAACUGGCAAUUGAGGUUGGUUGUGAUGUUGUCACUCCAGUAGCGGCCACAGUCUGA